AUGUCGCACACAAUACAAAUGACCAGCGAGCAAUUGGAGCAUCUAAUAAAAUCCCUACGUACCUCGACAGCUACUGAAAUCUCCCAUGCAGUGGCGGAACUUGCCAGCAAACCCAACAAAACGAGUAGCCACGGUUCAAUUGCCGAUUGUCCCUAUCGUUAUGGUGGAGAACGAGAUCGUGAAAUUGUCGAGGAAUUUAUUCUAUCCACACAAACCUAUAAAGAUCUGCAGGGUAUUAGCGAUGAAGACGGUUUGAAAUCUUUACCCUUACUAUUCUAUGAAUAUGCCAAUACAUGGUGGCAGGGAGUACGUCAUCUAGUCCACACAUGGCCUGCAGCUUUGGAAUUAUUACGUCAACAUUUUGCACCACCCCGCCCGGCCUAUCAAAUUUAUUUGGAAUUGAUGGAAGAGAAACAAGGCGAUGAUGUUCUAAUUGAUAGAUUUUUGGUUAAGAAACGUGCCAUAUUAGCUCAAUUGCCCGCGGGUAGGAGACAUGAUGAAAUAACCGAAUUGGAUAUGGUGUAUGGUCUGCUACAUUUAAAAUAUCGUAAAUGGAUUGAUCGUAAUGAUUUUACGACAUUCGAUGAACUGAUGGAAAAGGGCCGUAUUGUGGAGUAUAAUUUGCAGGAAGACGAAAAAGAGAUGAAGAAACUUUGUCGUUAUUGUAAGAGGCAUGGUCAUACUAUGGAUAAUUGUGCGAAAUUGGAGAAAAUGGAAUGUGAGUAA